AAGUUUAAGUGACGUGAGCGGUUGCUGGAGGAUUUGGUUAAGAGUUAGCGGAUUUUGUGGAAAUUUAAAACCAAAUACUGAUAAGGAUUUCAAAAUCAGCAUAAAUUACAUAACCCUCAAACUAAUUCUAAUGGAAUUUAAAGUAGAAAGUUUAUAAAAAAAAAUAAAAAUUAUUCAACUAAAAGGAAUUCAAAAUAACAACAACAACCCAACUUUAUUGGAUAAAUCAACAAGCUCAACAUAAAAUUGAACAUGAAGCGUUCAGCGCUUUUAGGCGCUAACGGCUUUUAUUUGUUGUUAAUAUUGCUGGCAAUAUUGCAAGUAACACUAGCGGCACGGCAAAAUCCCCUCAAAGACCCCAAAAUUUGUGGUCGUCCCCAUUGUGAUAUCGAAAAUGGUAAAUUCAAAUACAACGACAAUAUCUUCAAAUAUGACUACACGGUACAACUAAGAACUGAAUUCUCGGGCACUGGCGAAAACACCUCAGAUUUGUUUCUGAAAGCCAAUAUAGAUAUAUUCUUUCCAAAAUCCUGUGAGGGAUACUUGCGCAUCAAUACAGUAAGUCUAUAUGAUAAAAUCGAACAUCUUAAUCAGGAAACCAGCGAUUCCAGUUCAGAUACCAACAGCAAUGAUGUCUAUGACUAUUAUGGUGACCUAGAACGUGAUUCAGACACCGAUUUUAACUCUAAUGACGAUGAUAACGCUGAGACAGCCUCUACAAAUGAGCAUCCCAAGAGUAAAGAUUUGGAAUUCGAUUUGAAAAAGAAUCUGCUACGUUUUGCCUUUCACGAUGGUCUGAUUAGUGAAAUCUGUCCCAGUUUGGAGGAGCCCACCUGGGUGUUGAAUUUCAAAAAGGGUAUUUUAUCGGCUUUACAAAAUACCAUGAUGCGUUUUGAUGUUGAUUUCAAUACAACGGAAACAGAUGUUUCGGGUAUUUGUAAUGUGCACUACACUUUACAAACCACCGACAAUGUGUUUGUAACCAUACGCAAGGAAAAAGAUGUGAAAAGUUGUCGCAAUCGUUAUUCCACGCAUUCAAUAUUGCAAACGACACCGUAUAACUUCCGUGACGACAAAACUAUUUGGCCAAUCUUGGAUUCACAAAGUUAUUGUAAUUUUACCAUUGACAAUAACAUUUACCGUGACAUAAGUUGCUAUGAACGUCACCAACUUAUACCGUUUUCCAAUGCUAGUACAGGGGCUGUUACCACCACCCUGUAUAAACUGGAAUUUAAGGGAGAAGACACCUUUAGUGUAGGAGAGUUUUUGGCUGAAAACAAUGAAUUUGUGGAGAAAAGAUCUAGUUUGUUGUUUGAUCAUACCCCUGCUAUUAAGCCUACUCAUGGUGAGAUUAAAGCCUCUAGGGAUUUGUUAAAGGAAAUGUGUGCCGUGGGCUAUCCUAAAAUUCAAAGAGAGUUUAUAGAUGUGUUUACCACUUUCUUGCAAACCACCAAAUAUUUGGAUUACAAAGCCUUGACCGAAUUGUUGGCCCGUUCAGCUGGUAUUUGUGGAAAUGGAAAAAAUCAUGUUUUGGAGUCCUUGCCUUAUAUAGGCAGUACCGCUUCUUAUCAACUGAUGCGUGAUCAAAUCAUAGCCAAUGCUAUUCCCAAAAGAUUAGCUCACAGCUGGAUGACUUCCUUGUCGUUUAUACAACGCCCCGAUGAGGAAACUUUGGAAACUUUCUUUACCAUUCUGGAGUUUUCACGUAAAAAGAUAGAUCCCGAGUACACGCUAGGAGCCUCAGCGGUUAUACAUAGUUUCUGCAGACACAAUGAAAACUGUUCCGAGAAUCUUAAAGUCCAGCGUAUAGUUAAUCUUUUGGAGACAGAAUUCCUUAGCCUAUUCAAUAUGUAUCGUGGAGAAAGACGUACACGUGAAAGAAUGAUUAUUAUUUUGAAGGGUUUGGGUAAUAUUGGUGUUAUGUCCCAGCCUUUUGCUGCCCAACUACAAGAAAUUAUCACCCAGAAUUUGACUUCCAUGGAGAUAAGGCUACAAGCUGUUAUAGCCUUUAGACGUGUGGACUGUAUGAUGUAUCGUGAUUUCUUUAUGGAGACAUAUGCCAACUACACUUUGAAUUCGGAAAUAAGAACCUUCAGCUACUUGCAGGCCAUGCGCUGUCCCGACUAUUUGUCCAUUAGUCGUAUUAAGACUAUACUAGAGCAUGAAGAAAUCAAUCAAGUUGGCUCUUUUGUUUGGUCACAUCUAAAGAAUUUGGCCAAAUCUUCCUCACCCAUACGUAUAGAAGCUCAAGGUUUGUUGCUUAAUGAUGAUUUAUCGGAUAAAUUUAAGCUGGAUAUACGUAAAUUUUCCCGCAACUAUGAACAUUCUUUGUUCUUUGAUGAAUACAAUUUUGGCACCACCACGGAUCUGAAUGUGUUAUUUGGCACUGACUCCUAUUUGCCCCGCAUGGCUACUAUGAACUUUACGACUGAACUUUUUGGUCAAGCGGUCAACUUCUGGGAAGUAUCUGCCCGAGCUGAGGGUUUUGAAGAAAUGGUUUCCACGGUAUUUGGUCCCAAAGGUCCGCUUAAUAGGGAAUUUUUCCGCAAGAAGUUGUACUUCCUAAAUAGAUUAAUAGGCACAGAGAGCUCAGAAGAUGAUGACACCUUGGAAAACUUAUUAAAUCUGGAUACACUCCGCUUGAAACGUCAUGCCCCUGAAGAUAAUGUGGAAAACUUUGAUGAUGAUUAUGUAUUUGAGGAAGACUUAAGUCGCCCAAAACGCACUGCCACUUCAGAAACUGAGGGACGCAAGGAAAAAGUACAAAAACAAGUAAAGGACAUGGGCUAUAAACUGGGCUAUAAUUACAAUAAUCCCAAAGCUCAACUUGGCUUGCGUAUAUUUGGCAAUGAUUUGCGCCAUUUUUCAUUGGAGGGAAACGUAGAGUUUAUGGCUUUUGCCAAGGAAUUUGAUCCCUUCCAACAAAUCGCCAAAAUAUUAUCGGGUCAAGAAAUAACCUACACCAAAUCCAGUGUCUUGUUGGAUGCCUCCUACAGUGUGCCCUUGGCUAUAGGUCUGCCUUUGUCAAUUAAUGCUUUUGGUGCUUCUUCGGUUGAUUUCCGUAUUUCUGGAAAUUUGGAUCGUAUAGAACCGGCCACAGAUUGGCAUUUCGAUUUGGAGGGAAAAUUUAAACCCUCGGUUUCAGUAGAUGUCAUAACUUCCAUACAGGCUGAUAUGUUUUAUGCCGUUUCGGGUAUUAAAGUCAAGAGCAAUUUGUACUCCAAUUCGGAAAUUGAAGCUAAACUUAAAGUGAGAGGCAAAAAUCUGGUCUCAUUUUCGUUUGAUUUGCCCCAGGAUACUAAUGAAAUAUUUAGUGCCCGCUCGGAGUUGCUGGUACUUAAAGAGGAAAAGGAAAUUCCUCAAACUGGCAUAGAAACUCGACGUUCCAAUAGCAGCUGUACUUGGCCGGUUUUGGAUCAAGCCAUAGGCCUACAAUUAUGCUCCUACUUCAGUGUGCCCGAUUUGGCCAAUUCUUCGGACAAGGUUUAUCCCAGUUUGCUGUUGAGUGGUCCCACAAAUUUCAGUGUUAUUUUGAAAAAAUCUGAUUUAACCGCCAAGAAAUAUGUCUUCGAAUACAACUGGGAUCAAGUGCUUAAUGAUUCCAGCUUUUCUUUGGUUUUCCAUACACCAGGCUCGGCUGCCAAGCGAUUGUUGGUUACCAAUGUUACCACCACUCCCGAAGCUUUUAAUGCUUCAGUGGCAUUUGUUAAUGCCAAUACCAAGGUUUCAGCUGGUUGCAAUUAUAACAGCCAUCCAGAUGAUCGCCGACUAGAUGUUUUCCUGGACACUAAUGGUAAUCGCAGUUUUGAUUUAAAUAUGGAACUCAAGCGCUGGCAAGAUCGUACCGCCUGGAUGUAUAAACCCAAAAUGUUGUUGGCCAUAAAUGGUGUCAAUGUUACCGGUCUUAUUGGCACCAUUAGAAUAAACGAGAAGAACGGCAUAACGCAAAAUGAUUUUGAACUUUCCUUUGAGACCAAGAAAUUGCAGGCCAUGGUUAAGGGCAACUUUGUGCAGACAGAAAUUACCACCUCCACUAAUCUCACCGUCAACUAUAGAUUCCAAGCCAAUAAAAUCGAAACCAUUAACUUUGAGGGUAAAUUGGUAAAUACAGGCGAUAAGUCGAAGACUGAGUAUAGGGGAAAUGUUAAACUCAAGACUUCUGCCUAUCCCAAGCUCAAUUUUGUGUCCAAUGCCACCUGGCUUAGUUUGCAGGGUCAUACGGAAGGUGUAAUGACCUACAAUAAUGAUGCCAACUUUGCUAAUCCCGAGCACACCAGUUCAGUGCGUUUAGUAUUUGCUCGAGCCUACUCGGAGGAUCUAUUAAUGGAGGGUUCUCAUACCAGGGCCAGUUUUGAGGUUAAAGUACCCAGAUCCAAGGUGGACUUCAAGGUUUCCUUAAAACACGAAGAACGCAGUAAAAAUGGCACUGAACACAAUGUUCUAUUGGGCUUGCGUUAUGCUCCUGAAAAAGAAGCCACUGGUUUGUUUUCCAUACAUCUGCCUAGAAGAAGCCUAUUCGCCAUAGAUGCUUAUGUUAAUGUAACAGUACCAGAGUUUAAUUCCUGUACCACUAGACUUAAGCUAACUGAAGUUACUAGCAAAAAUUAUAUGAUUAAUCUUAAUGGCUCCUGGUUUACUGGACACUCCAUCUCUCUCAAAGGCAACUACAAAGACAAAAGCUCUAGAGUACAAAGUUUACAUCAUCUGAAACUGGUGGUAGAAAGUCCUUCUUUCCAGGUUACCUCGCUUAAUGUGGUGUAUCGCCGUAACCAAAUGGUUUUCUUUGCCGAUGUACAAACCCGUUAUGGUGUCGAUCCUUAUGGUUUAACCGUACAAUACAACGAGAAUGAAGUAAAUAAAAAUGCCAAUGCCGAAGUGCGUUUGAAGAUCAAAGAAAAGGACUAUUGGUUGAAUGCCAAACUUUUAUCAGAACAACCCAAAUUGCUGCAAGUUGAGAUACAUUUUGAUAAACUACGUGAUAUUCACAUUAAACUGGGCUUGCUGUCUAUAGAACAAAGAAAGGAGCUGUCACUGGAAUUGAAAUGGGAUGCAAAUCGCGAUCCCUCACAACGUUUGGGUCUCUUGGCUGAAUUCAAUAAUCCCGGCAAUAAGCAUUAUGAAGGCAAUGUUAUGGUCACCUAUCCAGAUAGAACUAUAAGCUGUGGUUUUGAUGCUUUUACGGGAGGACCUCAAUAUUAUGGUACGGCUAGGGCCAGUUGGAGUGUUAGUGAAAUGAUUGUCUUUAGCUACAAUGCCGGUAUAAUGCCUGACAAACAAUUGCACAACUGGAUACAAGCCGAACUCUCUACACCCUUCCAAGGCUGGCGUAAAAAUAGUCUUAAUGCUGGGGUUUACAACAAAGGAAAUCUAAUUUUGGCCAAUACCUCGCUCAUAUGGGCUGAUGACCAGACUUUGGAAUUGGGCUAUAAGAGUGAUUUUGAAAUGGCCGAGCCCAUAGUAAGCUUUGAUGUUUACUUUGGCAUUAACAGCACCGUCAAGGACAUUCCCAUUAUAAAUGUUAAGGUCAAGCAUUGGCAGGAUAUGAAAAAGUUUGACAGCGAUUUGAAUUUACGCUACAGUGGCCCCAAUGAUACCCUUAAUGUCUACAGCAUUAAGUCUUUGUGGGAGUUGGCCCAAAGCUCUCAAUCACAAAAUAUUAGCGGUACCGUGUUCCUGGUUACACCUUUUGAGGGCUAUCGCAAGGGUGGUUUGGCCGCCAAAUUUAUGUUAAAUGAAAAACGUGAAAUUCAAGGAGCUGCCUCUUUGGACUUUGAGAUACGUGAAUUCACUUUGGCCAUAGAUGGUUAUGUGCGCAAGUUCUCUGAUAAUAUGUUGACGAUAAAUAUAACCACGCCCUUGGAGAAAUUCCGCACCAUUAAUGGACGCUUUGGUCUUAAUGAAAAGAAACAUCAUGCUGUGGCAGAGGUAAGAGCUCCCACAGCUGCCUUAGGUGCCGAGGUUUUGUUUGAUAUAAUCUCCCUCAUGAAUUUCGAUAUAAAACUAAGUGUAGCCACACCCAUAGAAAGCUUCCAACAGGCUGCCUUAUUUGCUAAAAUUAAAGCGGAAACAGUGGACUUAAGGGGCAUGUGGAAUAAUGCUACCUUAGGUUUUACCGGUGUUUGGCGUAUGGACGAUAUCAAUGAUUUUGAAUACUCUUACAAAGUAUUUACUCCUUUGCCGGGCUUUGAGGAAAAUGGUUUCAUAGCCAAGUUUAUCAAGAAAGAUGUAUUUGUCUUCUAUUUGCAUGGCAAAUUAUCCAAAUACAAGGUGGGCUUUAAGAUUAAUGGCCAUCCCAAGUCCAAACUUUUAACCCAACUGGGAGGCAACAAAAUAGAAUUGGAACUUUUGUACGAUGAUGAUUUUCAACCACCCAAAAUUGAAUCUGAAGACUAUGAUAUCGAUGAUAUAGACUAUGAUGAGUUUUUGUCUUACUUUGUGGAAUUUGAAGUAGAUUCCUUGGUUUGGCCUACGGUGGAGGGCUUUGUGGAUAUACAGGAAGUUAUGGAUUAUUAUAUAAUUGUGGGCAAUUUACAACUGCCUCAGGGACGCAUUGAUCUUAAGGAUCGUUUGUACUAUCCAGACUAUAUCAAUGUCAUCAAUGUCCUGACUGUAAACACACCAUUUGCGGUAGCUAGAGAAUUCAAAUCCAUAGUGGAGUAUCACAUAGACUUGGACUAUAACUAUCUGUAUGACAAAAUGCAUUUUAUUGUCAGCAAUGGAGUGGAUCAACCAGCUGUUACAGGUUUUGAACUUAACUAUACCAAGAUUGAUGAUUCGGUCAAGCCCAAAGAGCAUAAUUUGAAAAUUAAUAUUAAAACACCCUUUGAGGUAUUAACUGAUAUGGAUAUUUGGGGUAGAUUGGAAAUGGAAAUGGGUAAUAUUUACAAAGGAAAUAUUUCCUCACGCACACCCACAACUUUCCUUUCUUUGGCAGGUUCAGUAGAGGUGGAAGAGAACUUUUUGGAAACCUCUGUGGGUAUUUUGUUAAACACCAAUGUUAUUCCCCACUAUGCUUGUAGAGCCUACUUUAAAAAGGACUUUUCCCAAAUUGAUAACUCCGUGGACAUACAAUUUGUUGUUAGCGACAACGAAGUGAUCAAUGAACUGCAAAUUGAAACGGCCUGGCGCAAAGAUCCUGGCCAUCUGGUAAAUGUAGAUGGCAAAGUAAGGACCACCAUGUUGCCUUUAAAACUAGUGGAAACCAGUUUGCAAAUUACCAAGAGUUCCAAUCCCCAACUCAGUUUUGAUUUGGGCUUUGUUAGCCAAACCGGCCAACGCAUUGAAUAUGGCACAAGAGCCAGCAAAAAAGACGAUAUUUUCAAUGUAGAAGUCUGGACACCCAUAGAAAGUUUCCGCAAUAUCUCCAUGCAUGGUUCGAUGGUGCGAAAUCGUAACAAUCCCAAUGAAUAUCAUGUUAGUGGAAAUCUCUAUCGCAAUAUGGUGACCUAUGCGCUCAAUGGUGUCAUAAGAAUGGCUGAAAAUUAUCCCACCGAUACUAGACUGCGUGUGCAACCCAAAUCUGGAGGACGUGAUGGUGUAAUUGAACUCAGCAUCACUGAAGCUGAGGGCAAUCAAAAGGGCUAUAAUUUCCAAUUUAGUGCCAUAGAAGAUGGCAAAAUGUGUCAAAUAUCCGGAGGUUAUUCACAAAGCGAUGAUUCAGGCAUGGACUUUUCAGUAUUGGUACAAUCUACUUUGCCCGAAAUAAAACGCAUUAACUUUAAUGGCAAAUUGAGACCUCGUGAAAAGGGUCAUGUGAUUGGUGAUAUUUCUUUGGAAACACCCUGGAAGGAGUUGGGUAUAGACUCGGUAAAACUACACUCGGACAUAGCUGUAUUCAAGGAUAGCGGUAAUAUAGGCGGAGAAUAUCGCAUAGGCCCCAACAUAGGACGAGGCAAUUGCAUUUGGUCUUGGAUUUGGGCUGAAAAUAUGCAACUCACUUUGGAAAGUUAUAUGGAACGACCCGAAGCCAAUCCCCGAAUUGUGCAUGCCAGUGCUAAGUACAUUAAUCCGGACAAAAAUUACUUGCGUCUGGUCACUGGAGCUAAAUUGGAUGUAGACUCUAAAUGGAAUUUGGCCGUCAAUGGUUCCAUGAACUAUCGUUCUUCGGAUGAUUUACAGGCUAAUAUAAUUACCGUGCUGCCUCAGCCAAUCGGUGAUGUGCACAACUUUGGCCUGCGUUAUAGAGGAAAUUUGGUUAGUAAACAAGGUGUGCAGCCAGAAGUUUUCGUUGAAGGAAAGUACCUUUCCCAAGAUGCUAAGCGUAAAUAUUUGGGACGUUUAUCCUAUAGAAACACCACAGAUUUACAAGGUAUGGGUCAUGUAGAAUGGGGCAUAGAUACAGAUAUCGCCACUGUGGAGGGAGACUUCCAGAUGUUGCGCAAAGAUGUUGCCCGACGUGAGUUCUAUGCUAAAUUAAUUACGCCCAAGUUCAGGGAGCAAGACACCUUCUUUAUGAAGGGCAAUUACGACUUGAGACCAGAUGAAUAUCAUACUGUGGCCUGCACUAUCGAUUAUCCUGCUUCAAGACCUAUAGCGGAUUUGGAUGUAGCCUUUAAAACCAUUUCGAAUAUGCAUGGUUUUGUUAACAGUACAACGCCUUUCCUUAAUGUUACCUGGUUUAAAGGAGACUUCAACUUUACCACACAAGGACCCGAAACCUAUCGCUUCUUCCAAGGCUCCUGGCCUUCUGACUCAUCCUAUUUCAAACUGCAUAGUUUCUAUCAGAGCCAAGAUCUCGAACACAAUCUAAAGGGCAACAUUGAAAUGGAAAUUCCUUUGGCCACCCGCCACAGAGCCGACAUUGAAUAUGGUCUAAAUGAAAAGCCUGACUUGGAUAAGGGUUUUCUAAAGAUCAACUACAACGAGAAGCAAAUACUUAAUGGCGUUUACAAGUGUGUGGAGGAACAUGAACCACUGCAUGUCAUUACCACCGAUAUAACGGUGGAGAAUGAAAUGAAACCCUUAGGAAUUCAUUAUGUCAAUACCAAAGAUAUGGCUAAACCAGGAGAAUCGUUAGACAUUAAACAUAUACAAAUAUUUGAAUUGAAAAAUGUGGAAAACUUUAAUUUGACUGGAGAAUUGUAUACAACAACAAAGAUUAAUGGUCAGGAAUUCAAAAUUGUAGCCAUACAUCCAAAUCGCACAGUGAUUUUGACCACCAACUAUGAGGAAGAUAGUGAGAAAAUGGUUAAGCAUCGCAGUAAAUUGGAAUUGUCGCAGACGGCUUGGAUUGGUUAUAAUUUGGAGUUGAGUAAUUAUACAGUGUCCGGUAAUGAUUCCCGCAAAUUCAUUAUUGAUCUAUCAUAUCCGAAACGCACUUUGUCUACUGAGGGUUGGUACUAUAUUACCGAGAGUAAAUUCUUCUCUGAUAUUGAAUUCAAAUGGACCAAUCCCGAAUCCUUUGAUGAUGUUUUGAAAGUAGUACGUACAGCUGUUUUGUGGCAAGAUGAGCCUUUACGUAAAGGAGAUAAAGAUCGCCAGUCCUUGUUAGUUACAAUUGGUCAUCCCUAUCUGGAGAAGGAUGUUACGCUAAAGGCCAAUUAUCAUCGCAGCAAUGUAGAGUUGCUUAAAACAGAUUUGAAGAUUGACUAUUCGGAUAACAAAGAUCAUGCUAUUGUUUUGGGAGCGAUUUUAAAGGAUAUGUAUCAAGAAUUUGGUUACACCAACUAUACGUUCAAAUUUUAUGCUCAUCAUGUGGCUUCGGAAUUGGAUGUGCAGGUGAAUGGCACUUUGGCAGCCAAGUCCUCUUACUAUAAGACAGAAUCAUAUGCCAACUAUAGACGUUCCUUUUAUCCUGAAAAACAUGGUAGAUUUUUGGCAUUAUUGGAUUUGAAUCGCAAGGAAAUUGAAUACAUUCGCAACUCUCCUUAUCAUUCGGUAAGAGUAUGGGCCAUACCCACUAUCAAUCAUCCCAUAUAUGGUCUUAAUGCCACCAUUUGGGAUACUCCGGACACCAAUAAUACCGGCUACAUUUUUGUGGAUAUUUUGAAUAAAUAUGCCCGCGCUGAGGUCAAUCUCACUGAGGAUGCCAGCCAAAAUUUACAGCUUAUAGGCUCUAUACCCGAUGUACGCAGUGGCUAUUUGGAUAUCUGGAGAAAUUAUGAGGAAAUACGCAUUAUAGAUAUCAGUUCCUAUUUGAAAAUGAAUCAUUCUCGUUUGAUAACCGGACGUUUCCAUUGGCGUCCCAAAAUCAAGCAGGAAGUAAAGGAGAAAUUCCAUGCAAUUGGCACUUCAGUUUACAAUUCCUUCUCCGAAGGCAUAGAUUUCUGGAUCAAGUCUUUGUAUAGUGAAACCAUAGAGGCCAUAGGCAUUAUUUGGGAUACAUCCAAGAGCUACAAUCAACAUUUCUUUGAUGAUAUCGGCCAGUUGAGUGUUUUGGAAGAAGAUCUAGAGGAUUUGCGUUUGUUUGUCAAUCAGUCUUAUGAGGCUAAUGAUUUCUAUAUCAAAACUGUGGUUAACUUUACCCUGACCAUUAUAGACGAGUUAGCCAUUAGGGAUCAUAUUGAAUCUCUGCCCAAAAUAUUCACGGAAUUGUGGCAGGCCAUGGGAGAUUCCGGUAAAGCUUUGCGCAAUAGUGUGGUCUGGUUGAUUGAGACCAUUAAAAAGACUUACAAUAAUGUUUUGGAGGCCAUAAGCAGAUUCUUCCACGGCGACUCCUUGCAGUACUUGUCGGGUCUAAUGGAAAAGGGUGUGCAUAAGUAUGACAAAUUUAUUAAGGAUUUGCAUAUUUCGUUUAUAAAAUAUGUGGAGAACUUGUGGAACAAAUUCUGGAAUAUGAUGUCCAAUUACUGGCGUGGUGUUUUGAAACGUUUGGAACCUCAUAUUUUCAAAUUUAUCAGCUACAUAGAAUCGGCCUUGUGGAAUCUAAGCAAGGAAUUGUUUGAUUUCAUUUACAAGAGAACCAAUGAAUUGGCUGAGUCUCCUUACUUUAACAAGGUAUCCAGUUUUACCCAAGAUGUGGAUCGUUUAUACCGAGACAUUAAAUCGCAUGAUGCCAUAACAAAUAUCAAGAAAUAUUCUUUAAUUGCCUGGAAUUUCAUUAAGGAGAAAUAUUUCAAAUUGGUGCCUUUUGGUGCUGAACUUAAUGAGGUUUUAACGGAGAUAUGGGAAGAGAUUAAGGAAUUACAGAAGAUAGAACAAGUGGAGUUGGCCAUACAAAAGUAUAGGGAGAUUGUAGACAAACUAGAGUGGAUAGCUGAGGAACUGCAGUUUGAGGCUAGAUUACAUGAGCUGUAUGCCUUGAUAGCCAAUAAAUUGCGCAAUUAUGCCACUAAUGCUUUGGAGACGGCCGAUAUGUAUAGAGAGGCCAAAACGAAAUUUGUGUUUGAUCCAGAAAUGGGCAUUAUAGACUUGGAACAAAAGUUACCCAUGUCCUGGCAUGCAUUCAAUGAAACGCCCAAGUUUGAAGAGAUACCUGAGUAUAAAUUCCUGGCUAAGGCUCAAAAUCUAUUGAGCACCACCAAUUCUUCAAUGAUACGCAGUAUAUACAAUAUGAGACAGCAUUUGGAUCCCAAGACUUGGUUGCCUCCCUAUUAUUCUCGUGCUUUGUUGAUAGACUCUCGCCACUAUAUGACAUUUGACAAGCGUUUUGUUGGCUUGAAUUUGCGUUUCGAGCAGAUGUCGGGCAGCCAGCGCAAUCGUCAAUGUUCGUAUUUGUUGACCCACGAUUUCUUCCAGGGCAAUUUCACUUUAAUGCUAGAACCCUCGUCCAGUGUUAGUAAUAAUGAUGCCGUGGCCACCAGGAAACUGAACUUCAUAGCCAAUGGUGAAUUCAUAGAAAUUGAUUUGGGCAGUGAUCGCAUAACCAUUAAUGGCGAUCAAAAGUCCUUGCUACCUUUGAAACUUAACGAUAUCACUAUAGCUCGUGAUCUAGAUAUACUGUCCAUUACUUCCGAUACCGAAUUCAGUUUGAGCUGUAAUGUCCAGUUUGAUUUGUGCUGGUUUGAGGUAAGCGGCUGGUAUUUCGGCAAAACUGCCGGUGUCUUGGGCACCAUGAACAAUGAAAUCUUUGAUGAGUUCACCUCUUCCAAAAAUCAAAUAACCAAGAGUCCCGCUGAGUUUACGGACUCAUGGAGUGUGCAAAGUUGUAAGCAGAAAAUGAAACCCAGCUCGCUUAAGCCUGCUGUGCCCGAAGAUGUAAGCAAAGUAUGCGAUUAUUACUUUAAAUCGGGCAUGUUGUCUGCAUGUGCUGAUACCGUGGACAUACAGCCAUUCUAUGAUAUUUGUUUGGAUUUGGGCAGCAAUUCGAAUGCCGUGCGUUCAGGACAUCCUGCUAAUAAGGGGGCCUGUACAGCCGCUUUGGCCUAUAUAGAGGCCUGCACAAGUAGCAAAAUACCAAUGAGAGUGCCAGAUCAAUGUGUUUACUGCCAACUUACCAAUGGCUCUUAUGUACCUGAGGGCACCUUUGUGACACUAAGUGCCUCAGAUGUGCCUCGCAGCAGUGAUAUUGUUUUCAUUGUGGAGGCUAAACCCUGCAACACUAAUUUAACUGAAAAUAAAAACAUUAUGGCCAUUGUAUCCACCUUAGAGGAACAGCUAUUGGCUCAUAAAAUCUCCAACAAUCGCUAUGCUGUGGUUACAUUUGGCGGCGUGUCUCCUUUCGACAAGCCACGCGCCAUUUAUUAUGAAAACUCUGUGUUUACUCAUAAUUUCAAUAAUCUGGCCAAAUAUUUCGCCCACAUAGACACCGUUAAUGGCACCAACAAUGACAUUUUACAGGCCAUUUCCACAGCCUCACGUUUGAACUUCCGGCCGGGCGUUUCGAAAACUUUUAUUCUGCUGACUUGCAGUGAUUGUGCCGCUCGCCAUAUGCGUUUCGAUUACAGUUCCAUACUGCAAUACAUGCGCGAGGAAGGCGUUAAUCUGCACAUUUUAGCUGAUACCGAAUUUGAGUUUGAGAAAACACGCAAAUUAAGACACUUCUUUGGUCUAGAUAGAGAAUUGGUUUACUCUAAACGUUUCCCUGAAGGUGACAAUGCCACCAGAACGCAAUUGCGUAUACCCAAGAAUAAUUUGGGUAUUUGCAUACCCUUGGCUUUGGAGACAAAUGGUUCGGUAUUUAGUGCCCGCAAAUUGCUGCCCAAAUUCAAAUAUCCCAUCAAGAGAUUUGCCACAAUAUUUGCUAAACGUGUGGCCAAGAGUGCCGCACCGCCAGCCAAUCAAACUUGUGAAUGUUCGGGUCAUAAUACAGGUGUUUCCUAUAUGUCCUGUUCGCCCAGCACAGAUGCCGUGGAAGAUCUAGAUAUAGAGGAUUAUGACUUCCAAUUUAAUGGCUGGGACUGGGAUGAUGUUUCCAAUGAAAUGGAUUCUUAAUUUUAGUGAAUUGUAAAUCAGUUGUCAUUUAAUUAGCUUUUAAGUUAAAUUUGUUUUUAUAUGUAUGUAAUUCAUAUAAAAGUGUUUUGAAUUUUAUACUUUUUGUUAUAAAUAAAUUUAUUGAAAAGAAAAAAAA